UCAAUAGCGGGAAGGUACCACAGGCUCGCUAGAUAUUAGUUUAGUUAAAGUGUUCUGAGAUUGUUCAUGUGACGUAUCUCAUUAUAUUUCGACAUUUUUAUAGAAAGAAAUUUAAUUUUGUAAGAAAAACUGGUUUUUAGAGUUAAAAAAACCCAAAACAAGCAGGAAACGUCAGGCAAUAUUAAUUCCAAACCCAGUAGUUUACCCACAAACAAUUGUAUUAAAGUACCAGGAUCUUUGGCACACUUGUGUCAAGGCUCCUGAUAACAUGUGUACAAACUGUCAGCAAUAACUUUAGUGCAUGCCGUGCGGUUGACCUUCACUGCACAUGUUCACUGCACUAUAAGAACCGGGUCGUUAGAUGAGGUAGCGUAUCAGUCUAACGAAGCCACCGCGCCGAGACAACCAGGCCACGCUCUCGAUUCUGAUCCCGGAACAAGACAAUACAAUCAGCCAACGGUUUGCAGAGUAAACGCGUACCGGAAGAACAUGGAGGCCUUGAUGGGUGGCCAGUGUGCGGCGCAAAGCGUCGGACCAGCCAAUCAACUGUUCGGACUGCUGGUGCAGACUAUCCUGGCGGCCCAGUGUGCGAUUUCUCCCCCGGACAUGUGGCCGAAGGACUACGGCCCGACGGCACUGGCGCGCGGUUUGGACGAGUAUGAUUUCGUGAUCGUUGGUGCCGGAUCGGCCGGUUCGGUUGUGGCGAACCGUCUGUCGGAAAACCCUGACUGGAAGGUGUUGCUGCUGGAGGCCGGCGGAGAUCCACCGAUCGAGUCUGAGAUUCCUUUUUUGCAAAUACACUUAGAAAAAUCCAGCGUAGAUUGGACAUACUAUGCCGAUUCGAGUGAUGGAUACAAUGCAAACGGUGGUCGCACUGCUUGUCGGGCUUCAACGUCACCGGAAGGUUGCUUCUGGCCGCGAGGCAAAAUGCUCGGAGGUUCGGGAGCGAUGAAUGCGAUGGUGUAUAUUCGUGGCAAUGCACUCGACUACGACACGUGGGAAGAGUUGGGCAAUCCUGGUUGGGGAUGGCAGCACGUACUACCGUAUUUCCGCAAAUCGGAAGAUAAUCAAGAUGCGACAGUGAUUGGUGAUGGAACAUUCCACGGCACGGGAGGCUACUUAACCGUGAGCAGUACUACCGGAGAUACUGCUCAGAUGGAACGACUACUUGAGGCGGCUCAGGAAAGUGGAUAUGAGUAUUUGGAAGACUUCAAUGGUGAAGAUCACGUUGGAUUCGGUCGCAUGCAGGUUACCAUGGCCAACGGAACACGAUGCAGCCCAGCUAAGGCGUUCCUGGUGCCGAUCAAUGAUCGUCCAAACUUGCAUGUGAUUAAAAAUGCGCUUGCAACGAAACUUGAGUUUGACGCGGAUCGACGAGUUUCUUCAGUUCGGUUUAUACUGGGUGGCGAUACAUCAGAGAGCAACCGGAAUGAGUUGGAAGUUAAGGUGCGAAGAGAAGCGAUCGUUUCGGCUGGAGCAAUCAACACGCCACAACUGCUUAUGUUAUCGGGCAUUGGACGUGACGCGGACCUAAGGGAGUUUGGUAUUUCAGUUGUGUCAGACGUUCCUGUCGGGCGUAAGCUGCAGGAUCAUGUGAUGGUACCCUUGUUCUACAGGAUCAACCGAUCAACGGCUGUGGAUUUUGACCUCAACCGCGAUAUGGUGGUUCCGUCAUACGAAUAUCUAAUGCAUCGUACCGGUCUAUUAGCCGAACACGGAAUGAACGGUUUCAUAGGCUUUAUAAACACAGUCAACCAUUCUGAUCCGUACCCGAACAUACAGUAUCAUCAUAUGUACUCGCGCAAACGGUCCGGUAUUGCGGGUCAGUGGCUACGGAAGAUGGAUCUUGAAGGGCCUGUGAGCAACGACAUUGACGACGCUAACAACGGAGCAGACGUACUCGGCGCGUUUGUUGUUCUGCUGAAACCCAAAUCUUGGGGUCGCAUAAAACUGCGAUCGGCACAGUUCUGGGACAAACCAAGAAUUGAUGCUGGCUAUUUAACCCAUCGCGACGACAUAAAGACACUGGUCGAAGGAAUCCGUGCGCAUCAUCGCAUCAUGGCGACAGAUGCUGCCCGGGCGAUGGAACCAGACCCAGUACGCUUUAAUCUACCGGCUUGUAAGGAUAAACUGUACGGGACGAACGCUUAUUGGGAAUGCUAUAUUCGGGAACUUUCGUUGACACUGUACCAUCCGGUGGGAACUGCCAAAAUGGGUCCAUCGGAAGAUCCAGACGCGGUAGUAGAUUCGAGACUGCGUGUCAGAGGUGUGAAUGGACUGCGAGUAGUCGAUGCAAGCGUCAUGCCAGAUAUUGUAAGCGGCAACACGAAUGCACCAGUCAUCAUGAUAGCCGAAAAAGCGUCGGACAUGAUUAAGGAAGAUAAUGGAUGGAAUGAAUCACAAAUAUGGAGUCACGUUUGGGAUAAGCUACAACAGAAGUUAAAGUUUAAAUAAGGUUGUUACUGUAAAUACUGUGUUGCGUUUUAACUGCGCUCCAGGUUCACUCUUAUCUAUUACACUGGUCAGUGGUUGUCGAUUACGAGUUAUACGGCAGGUGGGAUUGGAGUGGUUUUAUCUGUUUGCCUAUGCAAGAGGUAUUAGCAGGAAGCGCACGACUUGAGGCAACGCGCACGGGCACAGGCACUGCUAUGCACAUUUAGAUGCAGACGGAAACUUGACCGAUGUGUACUCUCCACUUCAGAUCGCCAACAUGGCGAUGGUGUUGCAGCACAGUGAGGUUGACUGGGCGUACAACGUGCGGCGGACGGAGAGUUCGGGUUUGGGUACGCGGAACGGAACGUUUUGGCCCCGCGGCCGCACCUUAGGUGGAUCUGGCGCAAUAAAUGCGAUGAUAUAUGUGCGAGGCAACCGUCGCGACUACGACA